AUGCCUCUAAAUCAAUGCAAGAACCAGAUAUCUCUCGCAAAUAUGACUACCAUAGCCUCCAAUGGUGGUGCCACGGUCAAUAAACCAACAGAGGAAGAUAUACUGCGCAAGCCUUGGAAGUACAUUGGCUACAAGGGUUAUUCAAGCUUCCUUGCAUCAGAAGAUGAAUUCUUCAUAUUAAGACGUUUCAAUACCCUCAAUGUUCGGAUUGCCUUAUCACUUCAAGAUGAGAUAUCUUGGCUGGAGAAUAAGUUAUCAGAAAUUGAUCAAGGCUAUAGUAGAAGGGAUGUGGUAGACAUCAACAAUGGGACUUUAAGAGAUGAUCAGAACGACCGUGCAGAACUCUUGAAUAGGAUAAUACCGAAAAUACGUUACUAUAAUGACUUCAUCAUACAGCAAACCACGAUGAACAAAUACCAACCAGCACCGAGUCGAGUGAUUGAAUCAAUACGCAACUGGCAUUUCAAUCAUGACUAUGCUGCAAUAAAUAAAGAUGAGCAGAGUUACUUGGACCAUGAAAAGGACUUGAUUUCGGUACUUCCGAAAGACAAGUCGCCUGUCCGACGACUAAUCGACCAUUCGCGGCGACUACGAACAUUUUCGAUAUGGAAGCGGGAUCAGCCAAAUAUCCCAGACUAUGAUGCCACUUUCGUAUCGUAUUAUUCCGACAAGCGUAUCGACGGGUUUGCUUCUGGUCUCAUCACGUCGGCAGGAGUUAUCUUGCUCAUCUCCCCUAUUUGGAUUCUUCAAUCUCUCCAGAGCCAGAUCGAGAAAUUGGUUGUAAUCACUGUAUUUAUAUUCGUAUUCUUACUCGCACUAUCGUUUGCCAUGGCUACAAAACCGUUCGAGGCUUUAGGAGCAACUGCUGCGUAUGCUGCAGUCCUAAUGGUGUUCCUACAGCUCGGAAGUUCUAGUUAG